GUCUGAAAAGACAAUAAUAAAAAGGGCCUUUCCUCACUAUACAUUUCUCAAAUUGCGCUCACUUCUGCAGCUCGUCUGUGAUUUUGCAAGGGUCUUUUUAGAGAUAUGGCAUUGCCACCUGAUUCAGUAUUUCGUGGAGUGGCAGCUGCCAUUCCCCAGCCGGCUUCGGAAGAGGAUGACCUCAAUCAGCUAUCACCAUAUAUAGUUGGGUUAACACUAUACAACGAUGAAGGACCAGGGAUUCUAUAUCGGAAUGCUGAUAACAACCAGGAUAUUAUAGAAGCAGUGUAUCGUUGGGAUGACCGUCCCCCUGAUAUUGUUUUUCAGACAGGAUUUCUUCCGCGGCCUGACGGUUCGACUCGAGUGGAAGAUUACUACAACUUAGAGCUGUUUGUAAAUCGUGGAGGAAGCCCCGCAGACACCAGUCCUGUUGAUACUUCAGUGUAUGUUAGCACGACGAGAUUACGUUCGUGGCGACCACUGGUCCCAGCAAGUAUCGUUCUUUAUUGGUAUCAGAUAUAUGCCCCAGGGGGAAUCGACGCGGUGCUAACCCUACGCGAACGAAAUGGUUAUCCUAAUCAGCAGGAAAUUUCUUUUGCGGGUGGCAUUAGACCUCAAUAUAUUCGAUUUGCAAGUCCAUAUACAGUUGGUGUGGAGCCCGGUCAUCGAUUCCCAUUUUAUAACAGAAUGGGGCAUGACGUUUACAUUAAUGCUGGCUUCAAUCCGAAUCCAACAUCGAACGGGCGGACCACUCCGGAGUUUGGGAGGCGUCUAAGAAACCCAACAUGUCCUCGGGGAGGGCUGAAUCUGAAAAGAAUUGACUCUACGCGACAUGCCGCAAAGAGAGAUGUCGAGGAUUAUGUCGACCCAGUUUGCAGUGUGGGACAUUACAACGAGAGUGCAUUCAACUUCAGCGACACAGAAGAGGCGUACCUGUUCAUUGCUGAUCAGUGCCUGCUAAUCAACUAUGCUCCCGGCACCACCGAUGACUACAUUAUUAAGGGACCCCUGAGCAUCGGCGAUGCCUUUACCUGCUUGAAGGAUACUAUUUUUGCCAGUGGGAUUGACGCUGCAUUUACUGCUUCCUUAAAAAAUGAGGCGUAUAUAUUUAGAAGUAAUAUAUAUGCACACAUCAGGUUUACGAGAGAUGGUGGCGAUAUUAUUUGGGGACCCAUAAGGAUCACUGAUGGCUUCCACUCUUUAAAAAAUACCGUUUUUGAAAAUGGUAUUGAUGUGGCUUUUGCCUCUCUCCGAGAAAAUGAGGCGUAUAUAUUUAAAGGUGAUCAGUACGCGCUUAUUGAUUUUGCACCGUACACACCAAAUAACAAAAUAAUUCAGGGAUCCAAACAGAUUACUCUCAGUUUCCCCUCUUUAAAAGGUACAAUUUUCCAGGAUGGUUUUGAUGCAGCGUUUUCAUACAAUAGAGAAGGAUGGUUUUCUACAAAAACAGAAGCUUAUAUAUUUAAAGGCGACACCUACGCUCUCAUUCAUUAUGCCGCUGGGACCACAGACGAUAAAAUUAUUAAUGGACCGAUCACCCCGAUUAGUAAUGGUUUCCCCUCCUUAAAGGACAUCAUACCAAUGUAUCCAUGUGACUGUUAAACUGUCACUUUAUUACUAAACUAAACUAAAGAGCUUGCUCUGCCA